AUGAGCAAAGAGGAGGGGAAAGAAAGGGAAAAUGACAAGGUGGCAGAGAAGGAACUGAAAGAAUUGCAAUGGAUGGCAAUGAAAGGAAGUGAAGCGGGCAGGUCGCUUCAACGGUUCCGGGAGAAUAUGGUUAUAUAUUUCCAGUUAGUUCAUCCCUGGAAAAGAUCCCUGAAAAUCAUUGGAGGGAAGUUUGGAACAAGUGUACUGUCUUAUUUCACAUUCCUCAAAUGGCUGUUUAUGUUCAACAUGUUCUCCUUCUUAAUUAACUUCAGCUUCAUCACCAUCCCACAAUUCUUUGAUAUGGGCAUUAACAAUCUCACUUUCACAGGCUUGGAGCUGCUCACUGGCUCAGGUUAUUUUACACAAACUGUGUUUUAUUAUGGCUUUUAUACAAAUGUGAGCAUUCAAGCAAAUCCCACUGCAAAAAUGUAUAACAUGCAAGUUGCUUACUUCCUCACGAUUGGAUGCUACAUGCUGAGUUGCUUUCUGUAUCUGGUUUACAGCAUGGCAAAGUCGUUCAAUGAAAACUUUAUUGCAGUUGGCAUUCUGAGUGGUGAUGCAGCCAAGCUCCUGUGUUCCUGGGACUUCAACAUAACAAAUGAGAAAGCAGUAGAACUGAAAAAAAGAAACAUCAGCAGACAGUUAAAGGAAAUGUUAUCUGAAAAAAUGCACUACCAUCGGCAACUAUCAACAAAACAGAGAAUAUUCCGAAAUUUAGUUCACCUUAUGUCCUGGAUUAUUUCAUUAGGAACAACAUAUGGUUGCUGUUUUGGAAUCCAUUCCUUUUCGAUCUCCAAUUUUAAGAUUAUUCAGAAAAAUCCAACAGAGGAAGAAUUACAAAAGCAAGCUUCGACAUUGUUGUUACCUUUUGUUGUGGCAAUCAUCAAUCUGGUCAUACCUUUAUUCUUCUCUUUCCUUGGCUCAGUGGAAAGAUUCAAAUAUCCCCGGGAUGAGAUGUAUGUUCUCAUUAUAAGGAACGUUGUACUGAAAAUGUCAGUAAUUGGGGUUCUGUGUUACUAUUGGCUGGUGACAGUAGCAAACACUGUGGAGUGUUGGGAAACAUUUGUUGGUCAAGAUCUGUACCGACUUGUGGUGACUGAUUUUAUCUUCUCCUUACUGGGUUCCUUCUUUGGGGAGUUCAUUCGAAGCAUCAUGGGAACGCAUUGCUGCCAUAAACUUGGAAAACCAGAAUUUGACAUUCCAAGGAAUGUUUUAAGUUUAAUCUAUGCACAAAUUCUAGCCUGGAUUGGACUUUUCUUUGCACCUCUUUUACCGGCAAUACAAAUAAUAAAGUUCUUCAUAAUAUUCCAUGUUAAAAAGGUUAGCCUAAUGAUGAACUGCCAGCCUCCUCGCAAAGCCUGGCGAGCUUCUCAUAUGACAACCAUCUUUAUAUUCCUGUUGUUCUUUCCUGGUUUCCUUGGCGUACUUUGCUUGUUGGGAAUUACUGUGUGGAAAUGGAAGCCUUCCAAACUCUGUGGACCCUUUAGAGGAUUAAAUGUGCCGUAUUCUUCCAUUUCUCACUUCAUUGACAUGAUACAAGAAACAGUUUCUCAUCUGCAAUGGCUUGUAUGGUGUUACAAUAACUUAAUUUUGAACCCACUAUUCUACUUCAUCUUAACGAUUAUUGUGUUUGCUACCAUUUACCUGUAUUUGCAAAUUAUAGAUGGGCGAAAAUUGAUGAUAAAACUUUUACAAGAGCACAUUAGUAAUGAAGGAAAAGACAAAGCAUAUUUACUGCAAAAGCUCAAUAGCAUGAAAGGAAAGAUUAUAUCUUCUAAAGAGAAGGUUUUUGCAACAAAAAUCAGUGAUGAGGUGAUUGAUGAGACCCCUGUCUCAUGA